AUGAUAUUCAAUUCGAACCAAAAUACCUUUAUUAAAGACUAUUUGCUAGAUUUUUCGAAUAGUUUUAAAAAUGUUAUUAUUGAGCCAAACUCAAAUAUAAAUGACAUUGUUGGCAGAAUAGCUGUCCCAUUGGGCUCUACAAUGUAUUAUAUUUUUGGAGAUGAAGCUCAUAGCUCUUCUAUCCAGCAAGCUCUUAUUGAAUAA